UAUUUAUCCACUUUCUAUAAAAUCCUUCUUUGAAAGCCACUUUUUUCAGCUCACUUUCAUGCUCUCAGCUGACGCCAAUUCCUUAUCAUCUUUCUUUCUUUCUUUCUUCAAUCAUCACUUUCUCUCUCCUCAGAUUCAACCUUCAAUACUCAGAUCCCCAAAUUAGCAUAUCAUUCAUCUAAAUAAAUGAGAUUAAUUUGGAUCAGAUUUUUUUUUUCUUGUUUGAUUCUUGAUUUUCUGGGGUGUUUUUAGUGUUUAAUCUUAUUGCCUACCAAUUGUUUGAUAAAUUUCCUCAAAGAAACAAAAUUUUCCUAUACCCAGUUCAGAUUUAUUCAAAAUUUGUUCAAUUAAAGCAUCGUGAGAUUGAGAUUUGAUUUAUUCUUAUUGUACUUGAAUUGAGCUAAGUGGGGUAUUUUCAAAGAUGAGUUUAGGAGCAGUUGAAGAGGAAUCUAGGGAAAUCCGCUUGCCAGCUGAUGUAGAUUGGCACAUGCUUGACAAAUCUAGGUUCUUCGUUUUAGGAGCCGCCCUUUUUUCAGGGGUAUCGGCGGCUCUGUACCCUGCUGUCGUGUUAAAAACCCGACAACAGGUCAAUCUAGCUCCGAUACCAUGUUCAAAGAUGGCCUUCCUGAUGUUCAGACAGGAAGGCCCUCGAUCAUUCUACAGAGGAUUUGGAACCUCUCUAAUGGGUACGAUCCCGGCUCGAGCCUUAUACAUGGCUGCCCUUGAAGUGACCAAGAGUAAUAUUGGGAAAGCAAGUAUUAGAGUUGGAUUCUCUGAAACUUCAUCAGCUACUAUUGCUAAUGCUGCAGCUGGUUUAAGUGCAUCAAUGGCUGCUCAACUAGUUUGGACCCCAGUUGAUGUUGUGAGCCAAAGACUCAUGGUUCAAGGAAACUUUCCCAAAAAUGGGUUUUCAUGUUCACCCACUACAAAUUACUCAAAUGGGUUUGAUGCAUUUAGAAAAAUUUUAAGUGUUGAUGGAUUUAGAGGGUUAUACAGAGGAUUUGGUAUAUCUGCUCUAACAUAUGCACCUUCUAGUGCAGUUUGGUGGGGUUCUUACUCUGUUUCUUACAGAUUAAUUUGGGAUGGAAUUAGUUGUUACAAAUGUAAGUGGAAAAAUGAUGAGAAAAAUUGUGAAAAUGGCAAGAUUUUAGACCCAAACCCUUUGUGUAUGGUAGGUGUUCAAGGUGUAAGUGCUGCAUUAGCUAGUGGGUUUUCAGCAUUGUUUACCAUGCCCCUUGACACCAUCAAGACUAGGUUGCAAGUCUUGGAGGCGGACCGAAACACCCGAUCCCGGCCGCCUACGGUGGCGCAGACGGUUAGGGAUUUGGUCAAGGAAGGAGGGUUUGCAGCUUGUUAUAGAGGGUUGGGUCCAAGAUGGGCUUCAAUGUCUAUGUCUGCUGCUACUAUGGUCACUACAUAUGAGUUGCUCAAGAGAUUAUCAACAAAACACCAAGCUAGUUAACUUUAGUUUGAUUAGAUUAGGAUUUUUCCAAGCUUUACUUUUUCUUGUAAUAGAGGAAAUGAAUAAAAAGUGUACCUCAAAGCUUGGAAUAUUGUAUAUAUUCUAGUGUAAUGUACAUAUUAGGUGAUCCAUCUUUUGGUUAAUUGAAGUAAUAAUCUUUGUUGUUAUAAUUAUUUUUCA